AUGACUAAAGUUGCUGUUCAUUCAUGCCUGUGUAAAGCUGGUCAGAACCUUUGUAAAGACAGUGGUCAUAGCAGUAGCUGGGCCAGAACAAGUGCCCAAAGCUUGAGACAUGUGAAAGUGAAAAUCAAAAAGGAAAUUGCAGUUUUAUGGGAAGAUGGCAGAAUAGAGGUUACUUUCCAAGCUGUUCCAUGGUACAGGACCGAGAAAGAAGACAAACAGCUUCUCUUCAAGACCCACGAGGUUUGUCAGACGCGGACCAAGGCCAUGCUGCCUUCCAGGCCUGCCCGAGCGGACUGCUUGGCCACAGACCAGGAAUACAAUGGCUUUGGCCUUAGAUCCUUGGAUGAACCACACAUAGACCAGUCCCAGAACCUUGUGACCCUUGAUGAUGUAUUCUUAUAUUUCUGUCAAGAAGAGUGGGAACUACUUGAUGAGCCUCAGAGACUCCUAUACUGCCAGGUGACACUGGACAUCUUGGUAAUGGUGUUCUCACUAGGACUUCCUAUUUCCAAAUCCUUUGUAUUUACUCAGCUACAGCCAGGGAGGGAGCCCAGAUGGUCCUCCUUGUUAGACAUUUUUCUAGCCAAGUUAAAGAUGAUAGCAAUUAAGCCUGGUUCUAGCCAUUGGUGUGGAGUGGAGGAUAAAAAUGUACUUUUAGAGCAGGGUAUUUCUGUAGAAGUAUCAGAGGUGAGCACUCCUGAAGCAGGUCCUUUCUCCAGAGAGGCCCACGCCUGUGACAGAUGUGACUCACUGCUGAAAGAAAUUUUGCACCUGCCCAAAGAGCCAGAAAUCCCCACUGAGCAACAGCUGUAUACAUGGAAAACAUGUGAAAAAGACUUCUUGUUCAGUCUGCAGCAGAAUGAAGAGAGUUGCUUUAGUAUGGAAGAGAACCAGUCAUCCUCUCUGGAAAACUGCAUCUUGUAUGAGUCAGAGGAAGCCUUCACUUGCACAACCGAAGGGAAUGACUCCUCUAUACUUGUCCAACAAGAGGACACUCAUAAUGAAGAGAAUUCGUCCAGGGACACUGAGUUGGCAGAGGCCAUUGGCACUGAACAAAUACACAAAUGCAGUAAAUGUGGGGAAAUUUUCAACCACCAAGAUAACUUGCUUCAACACCAGAAAUCCCACACCAGAGAAAAGCCUUAUAAAUGCAAUGAAUGUGGGAAAUUGUUUGGCUACAAAUCCAGCCUUAUUGUACAUCAGAGAAUUCAUUUAGGAGUAAGACCUUAUAAGUGUGCUCAGUGUGGGAAAUCUUUUAUCAGAAUUUCCAGCCUUGUUAAGCACCAUAUAGUUCACACUGAAGAAAGACCUUUUGAGUGUAAUGAAUGUGGGAAAACCUUCCGUCGCAAAGAUAUACUUGGUAAGCACCAGAAAAUUCAUAAUGAAAAAGGGCCUUAUAAAUGCAGCAUUUGUGGGAAAGACUUCGCCUAUAAAACUUCUCUUGUUGAACAUGAGAAAAGCCAUCCUGCUGAAAAUGUUUACCAGUGUGAUGAAUGUGGGAAAAUGUCAACCAAUAAAUCCUACAUUUUAGCACAUAAGAGAACUCACAGCAAAGAAAGGCCUUAUCUGUGCAGUGAAUGUGGAAAAACCUACAUCACUAAAUCCCACCUUAACCAACAUAUUAAAGUUCAUACCAAAGCAAGACCUGUGGAUGAAAUGAUUGUGGACAAUUCUUUGGUAGCAACCCAAGUCUCUUGCACCAGAGACUUCACACUGGAGUAA